GAGGCUAGGCAGUCGCUGGGUUUCCCGCGUACAAGGAGAAGCACUCUUAAAGGGCCUACCUAAACGCGUCCUUUUGUUCCGGGGCCGCCGGGCGGGGCUGGCCCAACUUUUGUCUCCUAGACUAUUCCGCAGAACUGCCAUGAUUUCCCAGUUCUUCAUUCUGUCCUCCAAGGGGGACCCACUCAUCUACAAGGACUUCCGCGGUGACAGUGGGGGCCGGGAUGUGGCCGAGCUCUUUUACCGGAAGCUGACGGGACUGCCCGGAGAAGAGUCACCGGUUGUCAUGCACCACGAUGACCGUCAUUUUAUUCACAUCAGACACAGCGGUCUCUAUUUGGUGGUGACAACUUCGGAAAACAUUUCUCCCUUCAGCCUCCUAGAGCUGCUUUCUCGGUUAGCCACUCUCUUAGGCGAUUACUGUGGCUCCCUGGGUGAGGGGACCAUCUCCCGCAACGUGGCUCUUGUCUAUGAACUCCUGGAUGAAGUAUUGGAUUAUGGCUACAUACAGACUACAUCCACAGAGAUGCUGAGGAACUUCAUCCAGACUGAAGCUGUGGUCAGCAAGCCCUUCAGCCUCUUUGAUCUCAGCAGUGUUGGCUUGUUUGGGGCAGAGACACAACAGAGCAAAGUGGCCCCCAGCAGUGCAGCCAGCCGACCCGUCCUCUCCAGCCGUUCUGACCAGAGCCAAAAGAAUGAAGUGUUUUUGGAUGUGGUUGAGAGACUGUCUGUACUGAUAGCAUCUAAUGGCUCACUGCUGAAGGUGGAUGUGCAAGGAGAGAUCCGACUCAAGAGCUUUCUUCCCAGUGGCUCUGAGAUGCGCAUUGGUUUGACAGAAGAAUUUUGUGUGGGAAAGUCAGAACUGAGAGGUUAUGGGCCAGGAAUUCGGGUAGAUGAGGUCUCAUUUCACAGCUCGGUGUAUCUGGACGAGUUUGAGUCUCAUCGAAUACUCCGCUUGCAGCCACCUCAGGGAGAGCUGACUGUGAUGCGGUACCAACUUUCAGAUGACCUCCCUUCCCCGCUCCCCUUCCGGCUUUUUCCCUCUGUGCAGUGGGACCGAAGCACAGGCAGGCUCCAUGUUUACCUGAAGUUACGAUGUGACCUGCCGCCAAAGAGCCAGGCUCUCAACAUCAGGCUGCACCUUCCCCUGCCAAGAGGGGUGGUCAGCCUGUCUCAGGAGCUGAGUAGCCCAGAACAGAAGGCAGAGCUGGGGGAUGGAGCACUUCGCUGGGACCUGCCUCGGGUGCAAGGAGGCUCUCAGCUCUCAGGCCUUUUCCAGAUGGAAGUCCCAGGUCUGCCUGGGCCUCCUGGUCAAGGGCACUCCACCUCAGCACCACCUCUGGGGCUCGGCCCUGCAAGCCUCUCUUUUGAACUUCCCCGGCACACGUGCUCCGGCCUCCAGGUUCGCUUCCUCAGGCUGGCAUUCACACCUUGCGGCAGCGCCAACCCCCACAAGUGGGUACGACACCUAAGCCACAGUGAUGCUUAUGUCAUUCGGAUCUGAGGCUCCCCAAACAAGAACACAGGCAGCAAAGGCAGUGGCCUGUGGUUCAGGAGAAGGA